AUGGCCAUGUCGCUCUCCCUCGCGCGCCUGGCCCUGCCUCCGGUCCUCCAGGCCCUCCCCGGCAGGAGGCUGGCCCACUCCGCCCUCGCCUUCCUCGCCGCCGGGAAGGGGUACAAGAUGAAGACGCACAAGGCGUCGGCGAAGCGGUUCAGGGUGACGGGGACCGGGAAGAUCGUGCGGCGCUGCGCCGGGAAGCAGCAUCUGCUCAGCAAGAAGAACGCCAAGCGCCGGAAGAGGCUCUCCAAGAUGGUCCAAGUUAACAAGAGCGACUACAGCAACGUGAUGGGUGCGCUGCCCUACCUCAAAGUGAACAAGAAAGCAGGCUGA